CUGCAUUGAUAUGCUCUUACAUUCGAUCCAAAAAAUAAUCUAAAAUCGAUCAGGGAAUGGUAAAGGAGUACAUAAAAAAAUACAGCUUGUAUUCAGCAGCCUAUCAUGAACACCAGGCUCAUUUGCUCUCUCAGUACCAGGAGAAAAAGAAGCAGAUUGAAGAAUACCUACAGGAGAUCAAAGAUGUUAUUAUUGAUGAUGUCAGAGAUUCAAUGAGAGACAGAAGACAAAGCAUUGAUGCGUGUAUGACAGUAACUGCACCCAAGACACCCGGAAUGACAAUUCGGCGUACCAAGAGAAAGAUACAAGAAAAGAAGGUUGAAAUCGACCUUAAUUCUCCUGAUACAUCCAUUUCAUUUGCAAAUAUUGAAGUUCAAGGAUCUGCAAGAUUCACAGGAUGCACUUCACGUUUGGACUCUACCAACAACACCAUAACACCUACAAACACCAUGACACCCAACAGAACACAGUCUGCGUUCAAACAGACACGAUUACAGAGUCUACUUGAACAGAAAUCAGUUUUAAAUCUUACUCCUACGAGCGGUAGAGCAACAAGACUCACCAGGGCAAAAGUCAAACUUCUGGAGCAAAGCUUGAUCAACUCUACCAUAAACUCUAUGCAAUCUGUUAAUAAUAAUACUCCCAGUUUAAAAACGAAACUUCUUGAUAGAUACGACGAAGACAUUACUGCGACCCCAUCAAAUGGCUCUACGACACCUCAAAACCGAACAAAAUCAACAGUUCCUCACGACGAAUCCACCUCCGCCACCCCACAAAACAAAACAGCAGUGGGUGUUACCUUCGCUCUGGGAGCCACCCCUAUCCAAGAAGAGAUUGGUACACCAACCCAAGAAGAGAGUGGUACACCAACUCAUGUAGAGUUCCCAGCAGCGAACAGCACCAUGAUGCAACCUGGCACUCCAGCAGCUAACAGCACUAUGAUGCAACCUGGCACACCAGCUGCUCCUUUCGGUGCUAAUAUUACUCUUAUAACCAACACUCCUAAACAAUCAACUCCUGUGGCAGGAAAAGCAGAGGCUUUGGUGGUGUCAUCUCCAAUUGGACCUAUUGCCACUAGUGGCACCCCAACUAGAAACCAAGCUAUUGAUACCGAAAAAAACACAAGUGACUGGGUUGUUAGCACUGGAAAACGAAAGUUCAGCAAUGGAAAAUCUACAGUGAGCACUCCAAGCCCUGCGACCACUCCAAGGGGCACACCAGGCCCAGCUUCCACUCCAGUUAUCAAACGUCUCCAACUAUCCACAUACCAACCUUCUCCCGUCCCCAUCGCAACCCCUGCUGAGAAAGCACCUGCUCUUCUAUCUCUCACCAUCCCCGGUACACCAACCCCUGAGAACGUAUCCGCUUCUCUCUUCCCAAGUCCUGUUGAAGAGGUUGGAGUACUGCCAGGCACUCCGAGACUGGAGGGUAACCCUGAUGUUACAAGGACUCCUAAUAUGAACGAUAUUCAGGCUCCUGGAGCUCUGGGCAGGACUCCAGGGUUGAGCAGAGUGAAACAAGUUCUGGGAACUUUGAAUGAAGUGGAGAGAGGGAGGAGUGGAGAUGAUUUGGUUUUUCUCGGGGAAUCAGCCGAAAAUAACGAUGAUGAGGUGGAAGUUGGAUUGGGCGAAGUCGAGGUUGCUGAGGGAAGUGAAUCCAAUGGUGUAGAAGAUGAGGAGAAAGUUGAGAUUCCUGUCGUAACUCAUGAUGAAGAAAAAGUUUCUAUUGACGAAAGUCCUGAAGAAACUGAAGACAUGGAAACCUGUGAAAAUGUUGAAAGUGAGUCAGACAUAAAAUCUACUGAAAUCAUUGACGGCGAUACUUCCAUGCGAUCAGAUCCAGACCAAAAGAACGUGUCUAUGGCAUCAGAGCAAAUCGGCAACGUUUCAAUAGAACAUACUGAUGCGAAAACUGAGUCUGAAACUGAACCAGAAGCCAUGGAUGUAGCCGGAAUUCCUAAAACAACUGACGAUAAUACCAAUGCACCAUCUGAAGAAAUCGCAGCAAAAUUCUUUGAAAGCCCCAAAGUUCUCAAGGAAGAAGUAAAUUUGGUUACAAAGCCAGAGGACAGUGGCGACAAAGAAACAGUUUCUUCAGAGCCAGAACUACAAACAGAUAACCUGGAAACUAAAACUGAUAAUGAAAUAUCACUGGAGGAAGAGUUGCAAGCUGCUGAAGUUGGUGAUGGGAAUGAAUCAAACCAACUUUUUGAAAGUUGUGAUGAAGGAGGUGAAAAAGAGAGUGAGGUAAAUGUUGUGGACCAGUUUGCAGAUCAUGCUAUUGAAGAGGAAGAGGUGGAGGAAGAGGAACCUGCCAAGACCGAAGAAGAAGAAACACCAGCUCCGCCAACUGAUCCUAAAACCCCACGACCAGUUCGACAAACCAGGUCAUCCCGGAACAAGAAACACGCAGAAUCUAAACAGAAAACUGAAGAAAAGGGGAAGAAGCCAAAACGAGUGGGAGUAGAUAAAAAAGUUAUGCAGAGUGGAGGAAUUGAGGUUGGAGAGGGUCUAGCUAGAACUAGAACUAGAACUAGAAGUGGGAAAGAAUCAGAUGAGCAGAGAACAUCCAGUCAGGGAACAGUAAAGAAAAUAGCGGCUGACUACGAAAAUAUCUCCAAGAAAACUGUCAAAGAGGCUGGAAUCUCAAGAAUUCCGACCUUGUCAUCUAAAAAUCAAGCCAGGGACGACAGACUUGACAUGUCCAAGCGCGAACGAGAAGAAUCUGAAGCGGACAGUAUGGAAGACAAGACUACAAAUUCUGCUGACGAAAGUAUACACCUAAAGAAGAGGAUGAAGGACAACGCAGGAGUACCCCGCAACCCUCAAAACCUUGUCACAUCAGUAAUGUCCUUCGUAAACAAGCCGGUAGUUGUGGUGAAGACUGCCAAGGAGCUGGAAGAGGAGAAGAAGGAGGCUGCUAAGAAGAAGAUUGAGGAGAAGGAGGUUAAAGCACAGCAAGUUCUUAACAAAAAGAAACAACGAGAGAAUGAGUUGAGAUUGAAGAGGAUCGAGAAAGAUAAGAGGAUGAAACAAGCGAAACAGAACAAGGAAGAUGAGGCGAAGAAGAAGAAAGCAGAUCUUGAAGAAAGGAUGAGGAAGAAGGAUGAAACAUCUGUGAAAGAAAGAGAGAUGCUGGCUAAAAAAGAAGAUGAGAAGAGGCAGAGAGAGUUGAAGAGACAGGAACAGGCGGAACAACGUCGCAAGCAAGCUGAGAAAACCAGAGAAUUGAAGAAAAAGAAGCUGCAAGAGGAAGCGGAGGAAAGGAAAGUAGAUGCAUUGAAACGAAAACAGGAAUUGGAGGCACUCAAAGUACGAGAGCUAGAGAAGCAUAGGAUGGAGGAAGAAGCAAGAAUGGAGGAACAGAAGAAACUAGAAGCAGAAGAGCAUGAAAAACGACAAAAAGCACAAGAGGAAAGAAGGAAGUUGGAGGAAGAGAUCGAGAAGAAGAAAACCACUCCGAGUAGAAUGGGAGCGAAAACGAAACUUAACCUGACAGGCGCCGGAACUCUUCUGGGAGCCACGCCUACUCCACGACCCCCUCCCCGCACAAACAAACACGCUGCCAGUAAGAUACCCACCAAAGCGGGACGCGCUGUGGAAGAGGCGGUCCCUGGAAGUUUACUUAUAGAUCUGGAAGAGGCGUCCAAUGUGUGCUCGGACAAUGAGGAGGUCAGGAGCAUUCCUGCUCCAAUAUUUGCGAAGAAGGAUGAGCCCUCUGUUGAUAAACCUACAUCUUUAACUAAAACAACCUCCGGUUUACUCACUCCUAUUGCCCAAGCUCCAGAGUCAGUAGAUUCACCGAGCAGUGCAGCUUCAAGUAGGAUUCAGAGCUACAUGAAGAACAAGCUCCUCAGUCUCGGACAAACUAAAACUAAGAGAAAUCUCGGAAGCAGGAUGGAGUCAAUAAGCGAAGGCAACUCAAUGAAGGCGUCCCCUCUCUCUUACGAUCCUAGAGAUAAUUAUAAGAUCGACGAUAUUGAAUCUGGUGACGACACUGACGACGAGAGUAAACCAAAGAGAACCAUGCCUAGCUGGGCAAGAAACAAAAUAUCUCUCAACGAUUCCCUGAGAAAACAGUUUUCUGGGAUUGAAAAACAUUCUGCAAAGACAAUAUUUGGGCCGUUUCCCAAGACAGCUGAUCUGGAUCAGUUGUUUGGCACUGUCAAUAGAUAUACCUCCCGAACAAGCUCGGCUCACUGGUCCGCUCCUCCUUCAACUGGAAACUUAGACUUCUCAAUCUUAACAGAGGACGAGAUAAACCACGCAAACAACAUUCUACUUAAAUACAAAUGAUCCUGCGAGGUUCUUAGUUAAUUGAUUAAUUAGUAAAUGAGUUAAUUGGUUUGUGAAUAAUACGUCAGUUGGACAAUGCAAAUAAGUGUUUUGCGGAGAAGUGGUUGUUGGUUUGAGAGAAAAGGUAAGAAGUCAAGUCAAAAAGAGGUUUAAAUUAACUUCCUUGAAAUUACUCUACAGAAGGUUACUAUUGUUGAAUUUCGUUGAUUUAUUCAUUGUACCUGUUUUUGAUGACAAACUGUUAAAUAUUUGACAACUCUGACCAAAACCGAUUUAGUUAAGUAUGACGAGCAAAGUUUAAAUUGCAUGAAAUACAUUUGACUCAAUUUUGCGAAUUUCAAGUCGUUCAUACACACCGAUUCAGUAAUUCAUAUCAGAAUUUCUUCGGAGGAAACGCGGGAAUCCGGUUUUGAAUUGUUUGUUUGCAUCUUUUAUACUAGUAAAUUUCUGGACAGUCUGUAUGGAAAGUUGAUUUGAGCACUAUUGCUGCGCGCAGAUUAAGAAUUUGUCGAAAUUUGAAGAUUUCGUAUGUACCGCGGGUUACAAUAAAAGCCUGUCCAUUUACCGCAUUUCAUAUAUUCGGAGAUAAGUAGAUAUCUGAUAAGAAUUCGAUGAUAAAAAUCACUUAGUUCAUAAAUUGUAUUGUUCAGUUUAAAGUUAUUGCAAUACUUUUAUUUCAUCGAAUUUUAAAUUCAA